AUUUACCAUCACGACCAGUAACACGGACACAUGGACAGGCAUAGCGUUCUCCAACAACGAGCGAAUGUCGCAAACGGACGCGAUUUUGGGCUGGGUGGACAAAACGGGACGGCCCUUCCUAAUGGACACCUGGAUCAACGGCUACAGCCAGCCGUUUCUGGACUCCAACCAGAACAUCUACAACACGAGCGGCCGCAUAGUGGACGGUGUCACCACACUGUCCUUCUCGCGAAAGCGGGACACGAACGAUCCGAAAGAUCUCGCAUUUACGGACGACCAUUGCCUUUACAUGAUGUUCCCGGUAAAAGGGGGCGCUUUCAACAGUGUGAACAAGAAAAUCAAGAAGCACGAAGUCUUGCCGGUGGUGAGCACUGAGCGCGUUUGCAUCAAGUCCUGCGGCAAUG